UUUUCAAAGAAAAUAUAUAAAAAUUGACGGGCAAUGAAAUCUCAUAAGUGGGAAUCGAGAUGCGACAGUGGUGUAUAAUAUAUAAUUAUGAGGAGAAAAUGACAAUUUAUUAAAGUUAAAACUUGGAAAAAGGUCUUGUUUAAUUUGUAUUUUUCAUAUGAGAAUCGCAGCAGACAUUCGUAUCCAGCAAGCGACAGACACAGUACACCGAUCGACACGCUGGAUGGAAUAAAAUUUUUGAUAUUUGGAAUGUUGGGGUUAAAGUAUUGUUCGAGCGAACGUACGUGAAUCACAUUUAAUUAUGUGGCAGCACACAGGAAAUUGGUUUCUGAGUAUAAAUAAAGACAUUUCGAGUGGUACGAGCGAAGAGCAAUGGACUUAUCAGGAAAGGCAGGACAUCAAGAGCAAGUUGUUCAGAAUGGCAAUGGAAGGCAAAUGGGAUGAAGCUGCCGAGCUGUAUGAACAAGACGAAUGGGCUCAAACGGCCAAAAUCACCAAUUCAGGAGACACAGCAUUACACAUAGCUGUCUCCGUUGGCAAAGAAGACAACGUCAGACAACUUAUACAAUCAAUUUGGGAUCCAUCCCGACUCAGACAGGUUCUUGAGACUCGGAACGACCGAGGGAAUACUCCGCUCCAUUCUGCUGCAUCAAUGGGGAAUGUUGCCAUGUGUCGAUGCAUUGCAACAGUUUAUCCAGAGUUGGUAGGUGCUACUAAUAAUAACGGGGAUACCCCUUUUGUAAUGGCAGCACUGCAUGGUGAAAAAGCAGCUUUCUUUUGUCUUCACUUUAUCUGUCUCAGUAAGGAUAUGGAUGGCUAUCAAUUUUCCUGGAGGAAGAAUGAUGACACCAUCCUUCAUUGUGCCAUUGCUGGGGACUACUUCGAUUUGGCAUUCCAAAUAAUUCACUUGUAUCCGAAACUGGCACGCUCUGUAAAUCAGAAAGGACUCACUCCUCUCCAUCUACUAGCGAGCAAGCCUUCAGCUUUUAGAAGCGGUAGCCACCUUGAAGGAUACUACAAAAUCAUUUAUCACUGCAUAUUGGUUGAUCCGCUCGAGGUGGAAGCAUCCAUCAAGCAGCCAGAUAGUCCCGGGGAUAAAAAGAAAAUGAAUCCAGAGACGUACAGAGCAUGCAACGGCUUGUUGCAAUCGUUUUGGAGAAUGGUUCAAGGUGUGACAGGGAAAAACAGGAAUGGAGAGGAAACAGAGACAAAAACUGAAAGCAAAGGUAGAGAGAAAACAGAUGCAGAGAACCCUGAACCAAAGGCAGGACGUCCAGGGAAUAGGGGUUGAACAAAGCUUUUGGCUGGAACCAGAUGAUGACCAGCGAAUGCGA